UAAUGUACAAAUAAGGACGUUUUUGGUUUAGUUCGUAAAUACAUGCAGUAUUUUGAUUAUAGCGAGUUGAUUCCUGUUUUAAUUUCAACCUUGUUCACCCAUAUUCUUCCAUUAAUUUGAACGGACGAGUGUCCGCGCAUUUUUUUCUUGCGAAGGUUCAUACCGGAAGUCCUUCUGUUUGUUAAUGCUAGCUUGACAGAAGACUGGAAAACGACCAGAUGGAAUUCUGCACUGGCUUCUUAACAGAUUCCACACAUUUGAAAUUGUAUCGCACACAUUUUUAGCUGACUUUUCUUCAAACAACCAGCCCUGGCGUGACAACCAAAGCCUAUCUGGGAGGCUCGGCUGCGCUGUGAACCGGGACAGAAGCGGUCAAGACAUUUGGAUACCCUACCAAACAUCUUCCCACUGUCCCAAGGCAAGUGUGUGUCCAUCAUGCCUCUGUUUGGUAAAUCCCACAAGAGUCCAGCGGACAUUGUCAGGACCCUGAAGGAAAACCUGGCCAUCCUGGUCAAACAGGAUAAGAAGACAGAUAAGGCGUCUGAGGAGGUGUCGAAGUGUUUGGUGUCCAUGAAGGAGAUUCUGUACGGUAGCAACGAUAAGGAGCCUCACACCGAGACGGUGGCCCAGCUGGCCCAGGAGCUGUACAACAGUGGCCUGCUGAUGUCCCUGGUAGAAAACCUGCAGGUCAUAGACUUUGAGGGUAAGAAGGAUGUGUGUCAGAUCUUCAACAACAUCCUUAGGAGGCAGAUCGGGACGAGGAGCCCCACUGUUGAAUAUUUUGGUUCCCACCAAGAAGUCCUCUUUAUAUUGCUGAAAGGGUACGAGACACCCCAGGUAGCUCUGAAUUGUGGGAUCAUGCUGAGGGAGUGCAUCCGCCAUGAGCCUCUCGCCAAGAUAGUUCUUCAUUCGGAUCAUUUCCAAAAUUUCUUCAAGUACGUGGAGAUGUCCACCUUCGACAUCGCCUCUGACGCCUUCGCCACCUUCAAGGAUCUCCUGACAAGACACAAAGUGCUUGUGGCUGAAUACCUCGAACAGAACUAUGACGCUGUGUUUGCGGACUACGAGAAGCUGCUGCACUCUGAGAACUACGUCACCAAGAGGCAGUCUCUGAAGCUCCUGGGCGAGCUAUUAUUGGACAGACAUAACUUCACGGUGAUGACGCGCUACAUCAGCAAGCCUGAGAAUCUCAAGCUGAUGAUGAAUCUGCUACGAGACAAGAGCCCCAACAUCCAGUUUGAGGCCUUCCAUGUCUUCAAGGUUUUUGUAGCGAACCCCAACAAGACGCAGCCCAUCAUCGACAUCCUGCUCAAGAACCAGACCAAACUGAUCGAGUUCUUGAGCAACUUCCAGAAGGAUCGCACCGAUGACGAGCAGUUCAACGACGAGAAGACCUACCUUAUCAAACAGAUCAGGGAUCUGAAGAAGCCGCCGUCCUAGAGAAGCAUCCCUCCUCCGCCCUUUACCCCAACUUUGUAUCAAUAGGAAGACAUACAGUAGAAAAAAAAACACAUUAACACUAACGGUUAUCCUAUUUCAAUCUUCAAGACGUUAUUUGUCUUUUUUCUCUUUAUUGGUUUAUUUGAAAAUUGUGGAAAGUUUCUUUUUCCCACUUUUUUCCCAUGAUACCUUGUUUUUCUUUCAUCUGUAGCAUGUAGUGCCACAACUCAUGGUGUUGGAGGCGGCAGAUUUGCUGUUGGGAGAACCAGCAGACAUGACCUUUUUUUUUUUAAUGCUAUUACAGUCACCAGUUGCAGAUGCUCUGUUAGGCUCUGCACUCAACUUGAUUUUUUUUUUUUAAAUCUAAAUGAAGUAGCUGCAAAA